GCCAAGAGAGCUCGCUCCCAGCUCCAUUAGAUGAUUUACUCCUAAGUAAGCAACAGUGGAGGGAACAAGUAACUCGCUCCUCCGGGCAUGAGCACUGCUCUUGAAUAGCGUCUCCCCUCUCUGGGAAGGAAGACACCUGUCGCCCGUGACGUCUCACACAGCUCCCCAAAUCGGUAGGCAACUGAAGACAUUGUACUGGAAGUUAUCAUCAUCGAAGCACCAUGACAGAAUCACAGGAGAAAGAUGAGGAGUUCGUAUCAUCAGGAAGUGUCAUAAGACAGGUACUGUUUGGGUUGGUUGUGGCCUUUUCCACAUUAAUGACCGGAUUCACAAGCGCCUGGCCUGUGGUACUGCCGAAACUUCAAGAGAACCCUCGAAGCUUCAACGUCACAGACCAAGAUGUGGCGUGGCUUGUUUCAGUCCAAGGAAUCGUAGGGAUGUUCACUUCCCUGCUUUCAGGACACAUGGUGGAGUACUUUGGCCCCAAGAGACUCCUCCUCAUAAACCUGUUCCCAACCUUUGGCCUGUGGCUCUUGAUGGCCUUCACGUCAUUCCUGAGCAUCCUCUACCUCUGUCGCAUUGGGCUGUGCAUCAGCACCUACCUCUUCAAGAGCUUCUUCCAGGCCUAUAUUGCCGAGCUGUGCCAACCCAAAAUACGGGGAGCCAUUGCAGCGCUACCCGAGCUCAUCAUUUCAGUGGGCGUCCUCAUCAUUUACGUCCUCGCCAACUUCUUUUCGUAUGAGGUUGUGACUGCUAUGUGCGCUGUGCCGUUUCUUCCUCUGUUCUUCCUCGCUAUCUUUAUACCAGAGUCACCUUACUGGCUUAUGAGGAGGAAUAGAAUAGACGAUGUUAAAGCAUCCCUUCAGCGACUUCGUGGGAAAAGUGAUGACGUGAACAACGAGCUCAGACGUCUCACACGUACCAGUAAAGUUCAAGUCUCGGCAUGGUCACAAGUCCACGAGUUGCGUAAGAGGGAAAACAUCCUUCCAGUCUUGCUUGUUCUGUCCAUCCUGUCUCUUAGAGAGAUCAGCGGUCAGACAGCUUUGUUCUCGUAUUCUGUUUACAUGUUCAGACAAGCUGGCGUCGAGUUGGACGCCUUCCUUUGUACGGUCUUGCUCGGGUGUGUCCGUGUCGUCACAACGAUCAUUGCUGUCCCUGCCUUGGACAAAGCUGGCAGACGACCAUUCCUGAUCGGGAGCACCGUCGUCUGUGGCACGUCUCAACUCAUCAUUGGUUUUACCUUGUUGAUGGAAAUGCCUGGUGCUUCUUGGGUUCCUUUGGCCGGAUUGCUGAUAUACGUGGCUGCGUUUGGCCUUGGCCAGGCUGGAAUUCCUUGGAUAUUGAUGGGGGAACUUCUGCCAACUCCAGUUCGUUCAGUAGGGUCAUCGGUUAUUACCUUUAGUUACUGUUUACUUAUGUUCAUCGUCAAUUAUGUAUUCUUCUGGCUGUUGGAGAACUUACGGUUGGGAGGGACUCUGUGCCUCUUUGCUUUUGCAAAUGUCAUUCUUGCGAUCAUUUCAUUCUUCUGGUUACCUGAGACAAAGGAAAGAUCUCUAGAAGAUUUAGAAGUCGCUUUUGCUAAACGUAAGAGACUGGACCAAGAUGACCAGGAAUCUAACCAAGAGGUGACAGCUGAAUUAUGAUCACUUUUGAAUCAUUUCGAUGUGAUAUUAUGUGACCAGAAGGAUGUGUAUAUGGUAGAUGCAUAUGCACGCACAGCUUACACAUUAUAUAAAAUAGGUCCGGGUCAUCUAAGCAACGAGUACAGGCAGAACUUUUUUUCUUUUUAAAACAAUGCAACACCUCCAGCAGGCCUAUAAAUACAUCGUUAGCAGCAAUGUUAACCAACAUUUUGGUCGAAUCGUUGCAUAUGUCAUAAGCUGACUAUCUACUGUGUAGAGUAGUUUUAACUCUUUAACGGCCCUUGCAGUUUUUGUGGGAUGUGCCCCUAGUACGAAAGAUAAUUUUUCACAGAUUUGUUCCCAAGUGGGCUAGCUUGGCAGUUUGUGAUUUAUUAGACUAUAUACUGUAGAACCAAGGUGGACUGACUGAGAAUAUUUUAAAUAUUGAUUCAGGUUCAUAAGCCAAAGUAUAAUUUGGCAUAAUAUAGAAACAUUAAAGAAUGUAAUAUCCUAAAUUGCUCUUUUGGUAAUUAUCAGUUGAAUCCAUUAUUCUUAUAUAACUUUUCUGUUGUUACUGUACCGACGUGUCAGCUAUGCUGCAGUGUUACAGUGUUACAGUGUGCUGGAACAUUGUUCUAGAAGCAGGGUAGUAAUUAAUAAUAGUGUCACACAGGACUAUUUCUCGUGGAAACCCGCUGGCUUUUGCAUCUUGGCAUAUUUAUAAUACUGGUGCUACCCAGAAUGUGUUUUAUUUGCUCAAGAGAUUUAACAAACUACACUCAACAAACUUGAAUAUAUUUCAAUUGAGUUUUGAUGUUUUAAAUUUAAAGUGAUUGUAGUUUAAAUCACCUUGAUUAUGCAUGGUGAACAUUUUUAUGGAAUAUUUUUAAUUCCAGACUAAAUGUUUAUAAAAAAAUAUGUGCACCAAGAAGCAGGUAAGAUAGCAGCACACAUGAUUUGAAAGCUAGAAAGUAUGAUCUUUUGCGCUGGAAAAGUGAGGGAAUGUAUUGGUAACUAGGAACAUUCAGUACAAUGAAAAAUCAAAGUAUUUGUUGCAGUUUAUUAAUUGCAAGGUAUUCGCUUGUAUGUAGAACCUUGAGCACAUUUCUCUAGGCCAACUUUUGCUGCUCCCGUGAGAAAGUUCUGUGUGGUGUAGCCUUACAAUGUAAGACAGCCAGCUACAUUUAUCCUUUAGUUUCUUGGUGUACCUUGCAAUAAUGAAAUAGUGAGUGGAUAAAAGUAACAAUGAAUAGUGUCUUAACUGCAAAGGGUAAGCACAACCCUAAAUUCUUUUCAUUUUCUAAAUGACUGUUGUUGUUUACCCCGAUAAAACAUUUGUACUAUAUUUUUUAGGUAAUUUUGUUAUUAUGCCACUAGGUGUUUUUGCCAUGCGAUGCUUGUGAAGUUCUCAAGGUUCUUGCAUCAUUAAAGACUGGCAAAAUAUCUAUUGAGGACUGCAUUCCUACACCAUUGUGGAUGAGUUGGCCUCUCUAUGUUAUACCAUUGUUAAAGCCUGCACUUACCCUAAGUAACUUAGUGGAGUCCAGAUCUGGACAUAGCUGCUGCUCAUUGUUGUGUCCCAUUUCCCAUCAAAAACAUUUUUCUUAUGGUGAAAAUACAUUUGAAACUCCAUC